AUGGCGAGCAGAGAACUGUCACGAACGCUGCGGCGGGCUGUCGACUGCCUGGGACAUCGCGCAGCGCCCCAGUGCCAGCGGACGACUCGAUACCCUCUCGCGACAUCACGGUGCAUCUCGACGACGACACCACGACCCGCAGAAGUUACGGGCAGCGAGACCCUCGAGCCCUUUACCGCCGCCCCGGAGAUCGACUUUUCCAACGAAAAUGGCGGGAAACGAAGCGGCAAGAACCUGCUGCGCACACUGCGCGUCGUGCCCGCAUCGCCGUCCUACUUCAGCGCAAAGCCCACCUUCACCGAUGACUUCAUCUCGCUGUCCGCCCUCCUCCGCACCGUGGCCACGCUCCCCACCAUCCCCGCUGCAGAAGCGCCAAAGGUCGCGUGGAAAACGAUCGAUCAGUACCGCAUCAUGACCAACGAGCCCGUCAAGACGCAGCGCUACCACAAGAUGCUGCAUCUUCUGCGCCGGCUGAACUGCAUCCACCCGUCGCUGAUGCCGCAGGAGGUCACUCAAGCCAUGCUGCGAUACAAGAAGGCCAGUCAACCCGGAGACAUCAAGCCCAAGCCUGGUGUCAUCGACGAGCUGGGCAGGGCCAAGGGAGUCGGGCGAAGGAAGACGAGCUCUGCCGUGGCUUGGCUUGUCGAGGGUGAAGGCGAGGUGCUGAUCAACGGCAAGUCGCUCUCGCAGUUCUUUGGUCGCCUGCACCACCGCGAGAGUGCUGUGUGGGCGCUCAAGGCUACGCAGCGACUGGACAAGUACAAUCUGUUCGCUUUGGUGCAGGGUGGCGGUCUGACUGGUCAAGCUGAAGCUUUGACCUUGGCAGUAGGAAAGGCACUGCUGGUACAUGAGCCAGCCUUGAAGCCAGCCGUGCGACGAGCCGGCUGCGUAACCCGUGACCCCCGAAAGGUUGAAAGGAAGAAAGCAGGCCAUGUCAAGGCCCGCAAGAUGCCUACCUGGGUCAAGCGCUGA